AUGUCCCGCCGUACAUCCAUCAGCAGCCCCCUACUCCCCCUCCGCAAACCCCGACGACAAUCAGCAUCCACCCCGAGCGUACGGUCGCGCCGCCUCCUUUAUUGCUUGGGGGGCACGCUACUGUUCUUGCUCGGCUGGUUUGGGUUCAAUGUGCUGGAGCAGCGGGUGGUGUAUGUGCUGAACCAGUACACGCCGGCAAGCUGGCACGGGAUCUGGAAUACGGCGGACCAGUCCCGCGUCCGGUGGACGACGAAAUGCGCGCCGGUGGUGCCAGGGGUGCAUGCGGCGAAGUGGGCAGGCGGAUGGGAUACGCCAGUCCUCUACAAGCCGGUCGGCGAGGAUGUGGGACCGGCACUCCUUAUGCUCCAUAUCUUCAGCAUACCGACCGCGGCCUCAAGGCAACGGCGGGAGCUUAUACGGUAUCACCAUCCUUUAUUCGCCAUACCCGAGGAAUACCGGCAUCUCGUCGAUGUCAAGUUUGUCAUUGGGUAUCCGAGGGAGGAGUGCAGGGGGAGAGUGAACGAGGCGAGGUGUCCGGGUGUAGCGGAGGAAGAGAGGGCAAUCGCGGAGGAGGAGAAGCAUGGGGAUUUGAUACGUCUGGAAGGGUUGAAGGAUGGGGAGAAUAUGGACGAGGGGAAGACAUGGGAGUGGAUGAGGUACAUCGGAAGAGAAGGCGGUCGGGAGGCGCAGUGGGUGUUCAAGUGUGAUGAUGAUACUUUGCCUAUUCUGCAAAAUUUGGUGCCCUUCUUGCUCACCCUCAACCCUUCCGUUCCUACCUAUCUUGGCCAAGGAUGGCUUGACGAAUCUUUCUACCUCAUGCUGGGGUACAUGUACGGGAUGAACUGGGGCGUAAUCAAAACCCUCGCCACAGCCCAAGUCACCCCAGAAGACAUCCAGCUCCCCCUCCCCGAAGACGUCCGCACCUCCCAACUCCUCCUCUCCCUCCCCCCCAUCCCACACCCACAGCACCACGACCCACCCCGUCAACACCCCCACAACACCCAGGGGAAACACCACCGUCCCUCCCGCAACCCCUACGUCUACAUUCCGCCCCCAUCCCCACGCACCGGUCUCGUCCGGGUCGACAUCCGAGGCUAUCUGGCCAACUAUCAGGGGAUAGAUGCGUAUAGAGGGGAUAGGGCGUUCGGGUGGCAUAAUCUCAAGUCGGAUAAGAGGUACGAGGAGGCGUGGACGGUUGCGCGGAAGGCACUGGUGGAGAAGGGGAGGGAGGUAUGGACGCCGCCGAAAAGUUUGGCGUUUUUGGCGCGGGAAUGA